CAGAAGGCUUGAGGAAAGUGAGCGAGGGCUGAUGUAGGGUGUUCAAAGAAGACAACACUGAGAGCGGUUUGUAGUGUUUUUCGUACAGGACUGGUAGACCAAAGACAAAACACCUCUCCAAAAUGCUCUGCCAUGUAACUCGACCGGACGCGGUGGUGAUGGAGAUUGAAGUAGACGCGAAGGCGAACGGAGAGGACUGUCUGAAUAAGGUAUGUCGGAAGUUGGGAAUUAUAGAAGUGGAUUACUUUGGGCUGCAGUUCUCUGGCAGUAAGGGAGAAAACCUAUGGCUGAACCUGAGGAACAGAAUCUCCCAGCAGAUGGACAAUCUCACGCCCUGCAGACUGCGGCUCCGAGUAAAGUUCUUCGUGGAGCCUCAUCUUAUUCUGCAGGAGCAGACAAGGCACCUGUUCUUCAUGCAUGUGAAAGAGGAUCUGCACCGUGGGCAUCUGCGCAUGUGCUCAGAACAAGCCCAAGAGCUUAGCGCACUCCUCGCACAGGCCGAGUUUGGGGAUUAUAACCAGAACACAGCCAAGUACUGGUACACUGAACUCUGCGGCUCGGAGCCAAACCAGACCACCAUCAACAGUAUCAUAGCCAAGCACAAGGCUCUGGAGGGUCUGAGCCAGGCCUCGGUGGAGUAUCAGGCGCUGCAGCUGGUAUCGUCACUGGAGCAUUAUGGGGUGGAGUGGCACUGGGCGCGGGACGCUGAAGCACAAAGACUGGCUAUCGGUGUGGGUCCAGAGGGCAUCGCUAUCUGUCGAGAUGAUUUCAGCCUGGUCAACAGGAUUUCCUAUCCCAUCAUUCAAAUCGCCACACAGUCAGGGAAGAGCGUAUACUUGACUGUCACCAAGGAGAGCAGCGACAGUGUGGUCCUGCUGUUCAAGUUGAUCAGUAAUCGAGCCGCCAGUGGACUUUACCGCGCCAUCACAGAGACGCACGCUUUUUACAGAUGCGACACUGUGACCAAUGCAGUCAUGAUGCAGUACAGCCGGGAUUUCAAGGGUCACCUGGCUUCACUUUUCCUCAACGAGAACAUCAACCUGGGGAAGAAGUACGUAUUUGAUAUCCGCCGCACAUCUAAGGAAGUGUACGACUACGCCAGACGUGCGCUUUACAAUGCUGGGAUCGUGGACAUGAUGUCUCGGCCGGGAGAGCGCACGCCAUCAAGCCGCUCUCCGUCCCGGGAGCAGGAGGGGGCGCUGGACUGUGGGGGCUGCCAGCAGAGCCGCCUGCUGCAGGAGAAGCUGCAGAAGCUGAGGGAGGCUCUGCUCUGUAUGCUGUGCUGUGAGGAGGAGAUCGACGCCGCCUUCUGCCCCUGCGGACACAUGGUCUGCUGCCAGAACUGUGCUGCUCAGCUGCAGUCAUGCCCAGUUUGUCGGUCAGAGGUCGAACACGUCCAACACGUCUACUUACCCACAUGUACCAGCCUACUAAACCUGACCAUUGGGGAAAACAGUCCUGAACCCAUCCAUCGAGGCAUGGCGGCCCAUACCUGCACUACCAACGACUACUCAACCAGCGAGAAAAUCUACCAAAACUAAACCGACCAACCCGCUCAUCCACCGGACUGAAAGUCUGAGAGCCCAAGGUCGAAUCGCUCCUCGGUGAAAAUGUUUCUGAAACCAUCGAGGAGCUGAUUUCUUAUUUUUUUUUUCCAUGUCUGUGAAUGUUUGUCUCUUAAAUUAAUUCUAUCAGUUGAUCUGAUAAUUGAAAGUGUUCUCUUUUACGCGUUUAAAUGAAAGUGUUUAUUUUCUUCAUCCGCAAACGCAUGCAGACGUUGAUGUUUUCGCCUCAUAACCUGCACAAAAUCUGUAUGCCGAUGUUUAGAAAGUAGUUUAUUUAAAAGAAUUUUACGUUUCGCUUUUUUUAAUAUGCAACGUCCACUUUUUUUGAGUGUUUAUUUGCUGUGGAUUUGACUUUAUUUUAAGUAGUUUUCCAUGCCAAUGAAGAAAAAGGUAUUUAAUGGCGGGGAGGUGGCAAAAACCCAGCACUUUUAAGACUAGAGGAAGUUGUCAAACUACUGAUCCUCCUUUCAUAGAUUCAUAACUUCCAUAAUCGACACUCCUGAGAGAUUUAUACUUUCAAUUGUAUUUGUUUUAUUGUUUUCAUUGUUUUUUUUGGUCGAAGAAUAAUUUGGUUUGAGUUUAAAAAGGGUACUGAGUGUGGUCUGCUAACCAUUUUAAGAGAUUGAGCUUUUUUAUUAUGCGUUGUUGUUUUGUGGAAGGUUAUCUAUAGGAAAGUUUUUAUUUAAAACAAACAAAAAGAUGAUUAAUCGACACUGUCACUUUACCAAGGAGUUUCCUAAGUGUAUUGUUCCUAGGGGUUUGCCUUAAUGUAGCAGCAACACGGUGUGUUUGAUAUGCAUUCUUUCUUUGCACAGACCAUUAUUGAGAGAUGAAGAGGACUAUUUUCUUUCUACUGCAGACACGAUAUCCAAUAGUCACAGCAGGGGAUAUUUUUUCAAUUUGUACAAGUAGGAUUUGUUUCUGUUUGUUUGAAGCAAAAACUAUGCUCUGUAAAUAUACAUAGAAGUAACUCUCAAUCUUUUUAUAUUUGUUUGAACGAGAGGUAUUAAUAAAGCUGUUUUUUUAACAAA